AUGGCGUCCAAGUUCGGGUUGGCCGGCGGCAUACCGGAGCGGCGAGUCCGCCCCAUUUGGGACGCCAUCGAUUCUCGCCAGUUCAAGAACGCUCUCAAGCUCGUCACCGCUCUCCUCUCCAAGUUCCCCAAUUCCCCUUACUGCCUGGCGCUUAAAGCUCUCAUCCUGGAGAGGAUGGGGAAAUCGGAAGAGGCAUUGUCGCUUUGCCUCAACGCCAAGGAGCAUUUGCACAAAAACGACUCCGUUUUGAUGGACGAUCUCACUCUCAGCACGUUGCAAAUCGUCUUCCAACGCCUCGAUCACUUGGAAAUGGCUACCAACUGUUACGAAUAUGCUUGCGGUAAAUUUCCGAGCAAUUUGGAGCUGAUGAUGGGGCUAUUCAACUGCUACGUUCGAGAAUACUCGUUUGUCAAGCAGCAACAGACAGCCAUAAGAAUGUACAAACUUGUUGGCGAGGAGAGGUUCUUGCUCUGGGCAGUGUGUAGCAUUCAGUUACAGGUGUUUUGUGGAAACGGAGGAGAAAAGCUGUUACUCUUGGCUGAAGGCUUAGUAAAGAAGCAUGUUGCCUCCCAUAGCUUGCAUGAGCCUGAAGCUCUCAUGGUCUAUAUUUCCAUAUUGGAACAACAAGCAAAAUUUGGGGAUGCUUUGGAGAUUCUCUCCGGUAAAUUGGGAUCGCUUUUACUGGUUGAAGUUGAUAAGCUACGUAUACAGGGGAGGCUGCUUGCUCGGGUGUGUGACUACGCUGCCGCUGCCAAUAUAUUUCAAAAGAUUCUGGAAUUAUGUCCUGAUGAUUGGGAAUGUUUCCUACAUUAUCUAGGCUGUUUGCUGGAUGAUGACAGCAACUGGUGCGAUAGGGCUACAACGGAUCCAAUUCAUCCUCCGAAAUUUGUUGAGUGCAAGAUUUCAAACUUGACAGAUGAAGUGUUUGAUUCUCGUAUGUCUAGUGCAUCUGACUUUGUACAAAAGUUGCAAGGAAAUACAGGCAAUAAUUUUGCAAGGUGUCCAUACUUGGCACAUAUUGAAAUUGAAAGGAGGAAGUGCUUAUAUGGCAAGGGCGAUGAUGUCAAGUUAAUGGAGGCUCUAAUCCAAUACUUUCAUGGGUUUGGUCACCUGGCCUGCUUCAGUUCUGAUGUUGAGAUGUUUCUUGAAGUCUUGACUCCUGAUAAGAAGGCAGAACUCCUGGGCAAGUUAAAGGAAAGUUCUGCCUCCAUUUCAGCUGUGCCAGCUAAAGUACUUGGGCAAUCAAUAACACUCUUUAAAAUUCAAGAACUGAUCGGAAACAUGUCCAAGCUUACUGUCGUUGAACUUGAGGGCUCUGUUGUGCAGAUGGUUGAGAUGUACUGUAAAAACCUACCACUUUCAAAGGACUUGGAUUCUCAAGAGAGUAUGCACGGGGAAGAGUUGCUAUCAUUAGCUUGCAAUGUGUUGAUUCAGUUAUACUGGCGCACCAGGAAUGUUGGUUACUUUGUUGAGGCAAUCAUGUUGUUGGAGUUUGGCUUGACUAUUCGAAGACAUGUAUGGCAGUACAAGAUCUUGUUGCUGCAUUUGUAUUCCCACUUCGGUGCCCUUUCUCUAGCAUAUGAAUGGUUCAAAUCACUUGAUGUUAAAAAUAUCUUGAUGGAAACUGUAUCACACCACAUUUUACCCCAGAUGCUGGUGUCUCCCCUCUGGGUAGAUUUAAAUAAUCUGCUAAAGGAUUAUCUCAAGUUUAUGGAUGACCAUUUGAGAGAAUCAGCGGAUCUCACAUUUCUUGCCUACCGCCAUAGAAAUUACUCAAAAGUAAUUGAAUUUGUGCAGUUUAAAGAGCGAUUACAACAAUCUAAUCAGUAUCUAGUGGCAAGGGUUGAAGGACCCAUUCUCCAGUUAAAGCAGAAUGCAGAAAACAUUGAAGAGGAAGAGGCGGUUCUUGGAAGCUUGAAAUGUGGUAUUCACUUUGUUGAACUCUCAAAUGAGAUUGGAUCCAAGUCAUUGACCUUUAAUGAAGAUUUGCAGUCACGUCCCUGGUGGGCACCAACUUCCGAAAGAAACUAUCUUUUAGGUCCUUAUGAAGGAGUAUCCUACUAUCCCAGAGAGAACUCGAUGACAGAAAGGGAAGCAAAUGUACGGAGCAUGAUUGAGAGGAAAUCUCUUCUUCCUCGGUUGAUUUAUCUGUCCAUACAGAGUGCUUCAACUUCACUCAAGGAAAAUCUGGAAAUCAAUGGAUCAGCAUCUGACCCUAAAAUCUCCUCAGAGCUGAAAAUUUUGCUAGAGCGAUAUGCAAAGAUGUUGGGCUAUUCAUUUACUGAUGCAAUAGAAGUAGUCUUGGGAGUUUCUGGUGGCCAGAAGUCUUUUGAGGUCUUUGGUUCGGACUUGAUCGACUGGAUAAACUUUUCUGUGUUUGUGAAUGCAUGGAACUUGAGUUCCCAUGAGAUUGGGCUGGCAAAUGGAGAAGGAGGUCUGUCCCGAGCAUGGCGUUGUGCGGAUUCUCUAGUGGAGAAGUAUGUUUCAGAUAUAGUUAGCUCUAUGGAGACUCUAAUUACCUCUCCGUGGGUUGAUCUUCCAAUUCUGAUACAGUUAGUUACAGAAUCAUUGGCGUGGCAUGGUCUUGUAAUUCAAUCUUGCAUUCGUUCAUCUUUUCCGUCGGGAAAGAAGAAGAAGAAAGCUGGAUUUGCAGAUCAAUCAUGUCUAUCUCUUCUCCGUGAUUCAGUCGUGUCUUUAUGCAAUACAUUAGAAAAGGUUAGGAAAUGGUUAAAAGAACAGAUCAACAGGCCAGAGGAUGAAAAUUUGGAGACCUUACUUUCCUCCUUGCAGAAAAAAGAACAAAUGGAGGGACCUGGACAGGUUUUCCAGAUUAUAGGAACUUUUACGUCAUCAAUAAAUGAGACAGAUCUUGGUGAUAGAAUUUCCCAAUCAUUGAAGUCUUGGAGUCAUGUUGAUGUUGGAAGGAAGAUAGUUGCAGGGAAGUGUACAGUACUGUCUGAGUUUCUCCAAAUUUGUGAUUCGAAAUCAAAGUUGUUUCAGGCAUUGAAACAGCAGAUAGCUCAAGCCUAAAGAGUGAUUUUGAAAUUUCAUCUGCUGUUUGUGCUGGUUCUGUACUUCCAACUUUGCCCAUUAUCUGUGAUCCAGCAUCUCACAAGAGAAGACUUGUUU